CCGAAAGGACCUCGUCCCCUAGGAAUUGCCUCCUAUGGGCUGAUGCGUUUCCGUGCGCUCCAGCAACCCAGAGUAUGAUUUUGUGUGCAUGCAAAUCGUGCUCACGUGGGGGCACACAUUGUGUACACACACACACACAAAACUUGCACGCCAACCCCCCCACCCAGCCUCCCCUUCCGGCCUUUCCUUUUGCAAAGUGGGCGGUUUCUGGGACGGGACUUUCGCUUUCGUUUCCCUUUCGUUGCUGUUGUGGAUGUUGCCCUGGCCACCCUCUUUCGAAGGAUUAUCUGCAAAGUUUGCAGCUGGCUGUGUGUGUGAUCAAGCACUUCCAAAGUGCUACUACAAGCAAUGAAUUAAUUAGCAACAAUUCUGCUCUAAUGAAUUAUCAUCUGGCUCUGUAGACAUUCAUUUAUGUUGGGCAGCAUGUCUUCCUGCUGUACCGUUUGCGUCCGAGGCUACCCUGCCGACUUACCGCCGGAGCGUGUGUCCGACAAGCUGAUGAUCCAUUUUCUGCGAGCACGCAAUGGAGGUGGAGAAAUUGCCAGCAUUGAAUUUCCACCUGAAUCCCCAGGCUGUGCUAUGGUUACCUUUGAGGAUGCAACAGUGACUCAGCAGGUACUGAAGGCCAAAAAGCAUGUCUUGACUGUCAACGGGAACGACUACCCUUUGGAAGUGACGGCGAGCGCCACUGAAUUGGACCCCAACGAGAUCUUUGUACGCGUCUGCAUGAAGGUGGACUAUGGGCGCUUCCCCGAUGGGAAAGAAACCCUGGACAGUCUGUGCCAGCGGUAUGGGGGCAUCCACACCAACUUCAACGCUCAGGAGAUGACCUGCACUGUCAAAGGCUCCUUUGUGGAGUUGCAGGCCUUCAGCUGUGAGCUGCUGAGGUGCCUCAACAGCAAGCAAAGGGCUGGCGUCCCCUUUGCGAACGGAGGCAGAUCUGCUGAGAAGGCUGCGGGAGAUGGGAUCUCGCACCAGGAGGCGACUCGGGAAGAGAAGAAGGGGAGGAAGAAGAGGGACAAGGAGGAGAAGGCGGCAGCAGGCCCGUUACAAGUCCGGGAGUCUGCAGAGAGCCUCAUAGAGCCCCUGGAGGACUUCUCCUUAGUGAUAGACUCGGACAUUUACCUCUACAUGCAGAAGUUCUGCAGUGAGGAAUUGAGCAACAUUUUCCACAAGCAGCAGGUGGGUCUUGUGGACGUCCACAGCGACGGCAUCACCACCCUCUACCUGCGAGCUGCAUCCAAUGGGGCUGGGGGGGUUAGCGCCCUGGUUUCGGCUCACCUGGCGCUCUCCCAGCUUUCUCAGCAACUGGAGGGCACCCUGCGGAAAGAGAAGGUCAAGAAGCGAGAUUUGGGGGUCAUCGGCGGCAGGAGUUUUCCAGCAGAGCUGCAGAGCCUCUUCCCUCUGCUGCUGAUUCAGGAGGAGGAGGAGGAUUUCUGCCUCAUUGGGAAUUUGGUGGAAGUUUCCAGAGCCAAGCAGCACAUCCAGGAACUGAUUGCUGCAAGGGGGGCAGCGCAGGAUCACCGGAGGCCCGGUGUUCCCCAGGCAGCGUACCUCCACGGUCAGAGCUCUGUGCCAGCUCUGCUAGAGUCCCCUGCGGGGUCCGUGCCAAGGAAGCUGAGUUCGCCAAAGCCCAACAGCAAAGCCGAGCGCAAGCUGGCUGCCAGCUUUUCAAGUCUGGGUAGCCCACCGGCACCAAAACGCCAUGCUUUAGAGAGCGAGCGUUCCCUGUCGUUUUUGGCCACCGGUACUGAACCAAAGAGCCAGAUCAGGCAAACUCUGGAGUUCCGGAAAGCACUGCAAGGGAUGAAAGCAGAUCCCCCGCCGUCCGCACCUGCAGGCACCGUGUCGAGUUCCGAGGGCCGGGCGAGCCUCAGUCUCGCAGAGCCUCUGUCCCUCAGUGCGGUCACGAGCGCCUUCAGAUCCUUGAACCUGUUUGACACCACGGGGGCUGCCGACUUCAGAGUUUCCGCACCGAGGCCCCGCCUCAGAAGGUCCAGCAGCCUCUCACUGCAGAAGCCUCUGAGCGGCAAUGAGUCCGUGCCUGAGCCCUGGCUGGCAGCUCAGGUCAGUGCAGCCCAUUUGAAGCAGGAGUCUCAGGAAUACACCCACCGUACUUUGCAGAAGGAGAUCAGGAAGGAUGGGUUGACACAGAUAGAGGACAGCCAGGAAAUGGAGUCUCCAGUUACCAAACAGAGGCACUCUUUGCACACUGUCCAAAGUGAUAACGGGAGUCCUUCAGGCACGCAAAAAGCAGAGGCCCUCGCAGAGUAUCUUGGUUACAUUUACGAGAGCUUCACCUACACAGAGCUGGCCAUGGAUGGUCCAGAGGACGAGUCUCUGGAUGAAUUGUGUAGGUACCUGAAAAAUUUCGACGACCGCAUUGUCAUCAGCCGGGAGAGGUACAAGCUGGGCCUUGCGUAUCCCCGCGAGGAGAAGUUGCAGGUCCUGGAAGUGUUCCGCUUGUUCUCUGCCCGCAGGAUGGCUGCCCUGUCCAAGCAGACUCCCUUCCGUGAUGCACAGCAGGGGGGAAUUCAGGGCGAGGCAUCGGCUGCGGGGAGCGCUCAGCAGCUGAAUGAGAGCAGGAGAAACAGCCUGCUAGAGAGCUCCCUUGGCCUGGACAGCCUUGCUGGAGAGACAUCGCCCUCCCAGGCUCAGAGACGGCUGCAGGACAGUGGUUUCCAGCCGGUGCAGAAUUUCCCAAGUCACCAAAUAGCAUGGCAGAGUGGGGCCCUCGACCAAACGCCGGAUGCCAGCAAGCAGGGCCGCUCCAGGAGACUGUUGGCCGAGAGCAGGCAGGGCUUGCCAGACAAGUUCCAUUUUGCGAGAGACUGCAAUAAAGAGGGGAGCAGCCAGGAAAGAGAGAGGGCCCUUCUGGGCUCCUUGCCUGACCUGCCGCUGCGUGCUUCUCCCCCAGCUGGAGAGGGGCUUGCCUCAGAUUUGGGCCUGGGAACCGCCAGCCUAGGAAGCGAGUCGGUGGCUGAAGAGUGUGUGAUGUGCCAAAACAGCCGCCCCGCCCUGACCCAUGCCCCCUGCCCCCACAAGCCUUGCAGGGUGCAAACCCCAGGAGGGAGCCCUUUGCUAACCCACCCCGGUGCCUCCCCUGGCAUUCCCGGAACCUUUGGAGCUUCCACCAUAUCGCAAAGCCUCCCUGGGUAUAUCCGAGAUCCGACACUCAAAAUAACAUACAACAUUCCUGAUGGCGUGCAACAAGCUGGAGACCCUUUCCCAGGACAUCUGUACCGAGGGGGCCGCUUCGAGGCCUUUCUCCCAGACAACCCAGAGGGCCGGCGGUUGAUGGUGCUGCUGCACAAAGCAUUUGAGCGCAGUCUGACGUUCCGGAUCAGAACCUGCGGUUUGGAGGAGAGGGUGACUUGGGGACCCAUCCCCCACAAGACCUCCAUGGAGGGGGGCAAGGCCAGAAAUGGCUACCCAGACAGCCAGUACCUCCAGCAGGUGAGUCUGAAGCUGAAAGAGCUGAACAUCGAAUGAAGGCAGACCCUCCUCCAAGCAUCUUGGGAGCUCAGCAGCCUCCCGAUCUUCCAAAGCCCAUGCUUGGCAGCUUGAGGGAUUUGCCAAAAGACACACUCAAUCCUUAAUCAGGAUCUUUCCACCUUUAACGUCUCCCACCACUUCUGCCGUUGGUCUUCCAGGCUUCUUGCUACAUUCAGAGCACCUGAAGGCCUUUCCACGCAAAGGGAUCUUGACACGAGGACUUGGUUUCUUUGUUCUUCUGUUGCAAGAGAAGCUCUUUGACAUGAGGGCUGUUCUCAUGCCUUCUGAAGGGGUAUGAGUCACGUGACAGGACAGCUGCACUUGCUUUGAUGGUGUAGUCAACCAAGCAGUCAUAAGAUGCCAUCACAUUACUAAUACCGGUAGGUCAUGCCACACAGCCUGAGGGAGCUCCCUGUCCCGGUUCCUGCCCCAAAACAUGCAAGCAUACUUACUUAUACAGGCUCAGCAGCUGCGGUUCAAGAGCAGGGCAAGUAGUUUUAAUUUAAGUGGCAUAGAUGUCCCAACAAGUUUCCAGGCCCUGCCCUCCAAGCUUCUAAAGACUAGAGGCUGAUGUAAGUGCUCACUUGGAAGGACUCGCUCGCCACGCGGAGAUGUCAGAAUUGCAAACACAUGCUCUGUUGGGGUGGGUGGAUCUGCUCCUAUCCGCAAAGGCAGCAACUGGUUGUAGGUGACAGGGCUGCCCAGCCAUUCCCAUUCUUUGCAGAGGCUCUCUGAUCUGCAGGAAGGUCAGGCAGGGGUUGGGAAGAGCCAGAAUCCCUCCUUUCCCUUGGGGAAGGAAGGAGAGAUCCCCAUUGGCUUUUUCCUUCUCCUGCAUCAGAGCCUACCAGGCAGGCGUAUAUGCAAGAGCAAUUCUCACACAAAAGGGAAAGGGGCAGGUAAGUGGGAUGAAGGCUCAGGUCACCCUGCAAGCAUUGAAAGCAGCAAGCUAUUUGUGCAUCUGAUUUGGUGCCAGGCCUUAAGCUACACUAUUACUGGGCGAAGAAUGUGGGGAGGGUCUCCCAGGCUUUCAGAGCUCGCUCCUAGCCUUGCAGGGAGAAUUGUCCUCAGGGAGGGAGGUGUUAAAAAGCAAGCACAUACAGUAGAACUUCCACUUACUGGUGUGCAUUCAGCUUGACACUGGUGUGCAUUCAGCUUAAAAUUAAGGGGAUGUGUGGCGGGGUGGUGGCGGUAGGUGCCAACUCCCAGAUUGAAAAAUCCGGGAUCGGCAGCGGUGCGGCACCGGAAGUUGCGCUGCGGCCAUUUUGGAACUGGGCAGAGCAGCACCGGAAGUUGCUUCUACGCAUGCUCUGCCCAUUUCCAAAAUGGCCGCAGCACCAGAAAUUGCUUCUGCGCACGUCCUGAGACUCCAGACAUGCGCAGAAGGAGCCUUCCCGGGCCAGUAAGAAUCCGGGGGAUUUACGGUUUUUUUUUAAAAUCUGGGUACCCCGCGUGAAACAGCUGAAAAAAUGGGGGUUUCCCGGGGAAUACGGGAGACUUGGCAACUAUGGGGGGGGGAAGAGAAUUUGGCAAUCCCACCUGCCAUGGCACCGUGUGUAUCUUGAGUAUAUGCAGUUUUGGCUUUAAGUCAGGCUUCCUCAAACUCGGCCCUCCAGAAUUUUUUGGCCUACAACUCCCAUGAUCCCUAGCUAGCAGGACCAGUGGUCAGGGAUGAUGGGAACUGUAAUCUCAAAACAUCUGGAGGGCUGAGGUUGAGGAAGCCUGCUUUAAGUGCUAGGCCCAAAAUGUAACGCCCCUGCAAGUUGUGGGUCUACUUUAAAUAAAAGCUCUUGUCCUGUGUCUCCACUUGUGCCUUGUAGCUUGAGCGUUUGAGGAACUUGCAAAUAAAGCUGUAUUAAUUCUCCAGUCUUGCUUCCUUCUCCAUGAUGACCAGGUUGCCUAGUCUGCUGUACACUGCAAAGUUUGCUUAUCUUUAAAUGCAGCUGUAACUGUAAUGGACCCUGUGUUGUACCGAUAGACCAAAUAUAUACCUUAGAACAGCACUUCCCAAAUGUUUUUCCACGUACCACUCGAAAAAUAGCUGAUGGCCGACAACUGGUUUUUCUGCCUGUUAUAGCAAUAGUAACACACUGUGCUGGGUGCUGUAUGAAUUUGAUUGCAUUUCCGGUUUUAUGUGUUAUCGCAUUGCAAGUGCAUUCCGUAGAAUUCAAAUUGUAAUACAAUAUGCAAAGAAUAGAAGCAAUAAGAUUAAAAAUAAAAACCGAUAUGAAUAUGUAACACAGACAUAUUGUGGGCCGUAUGAACGAAGUUCUCUGCCUUAGAAAGUUGCAAGACGAAAGCUGAACUCCAGAAUCUAUUCCAGGCUUCCUCAAACCCUGCCCUCCAGAUGUUUUGAGACUACAGUUCCCAUCAUCCCUGACCCCUGGUCCUGCUAGCUAGGGAUCAUGGGAGUUGUAGGCCAAAAACAUCUGGAGGGCUGAGUUUGAGGAAGCCUGAUAUUCUGAAUGCAAGGACACAGCACCUAGUAAUUGUGAAUUUAUAAUAAAGAGAAGUUUUAUUUUU